UUGGAUGUUUGUUGCGGAUGGUCAGAAGAAGCCAAGAAGCUAGUCACAUCAAGCACGAUCCUGCGAUGGAGACAUUCUCUCUAUCUCCAUCUUCCGCAUCUCCGCUGUCAGACGGUCAAACCCUGGCAAUCACAAAGGAACGAUGGGCUUGCGCCGGUUGUUUCAGCACAAGUUUCGUUCCCUCCGUCCAACAGCCGCAUCGCAGCAGCAUCCUGGUCCAGGUGCGUUCUAUUGCCUUCUCAUUUCCACUUCACUUCCAACGGCGACGAUGCAGCCGCCGGCGCGACGUGUCUGCUCCUGUUUAAUGAGGCUUAAUGAAAGGCCUUCCUGGUGCCUGUCUGUCGACGAUUAGUGCUUAUUCCAGGUCUCUCCGCCUCCAUGCACACAAUGCCAUUAUAUAUCUACCCACCAUCCCUGUCCCUUUUCUGCAUGUCUGUUUUCUAUGGCCGGGCAAUUCGUGCUCUUCUCUUUCCUUUCUAUACUUCCUUUUCUGCUCAGGCCUGAGCUUGCUCAGCCGUCCUUUCCUUCCAUUCGUCUCCUCGUCAUUCCUUUACACAAACCCAAGAGUCGCAAGCAGCCGACUCGGCCUGUCCUUUACUUUAUCAACCCCGUUCCCUCCCUUCCCUUCCCUCCCUUUCUUUUCUGCUGCAGGGCCCUGGUGGCACUAAAUGCUCGUCGUAUAUUUACUUGCUUCGUUGCUCGCAGCGAUGUCCGUUGCCGCACAGUCUCAGCCCAAGAGCGUGUUCGCUCACUUUAUCGUGAGUGUGUUUGCUAUCCGUUCAGACUCGCCCCUGUUACGGGACUCUCGCCGACACAGGACUGCUAGGUCGGAAAUGCUGCGUCGAUGACUCCAGAGCAAUGGGCAUCUGAUAUUUCGGAGGCCCAGAAAGCCCACAUUGACGGUUUCGCUUUGAAUAUCGGUCAGCAAGACUCAUAUACCGACGCGGUGCUCGAAAACGCUUACAAUGCGGCCGACGCUGCGGACAACUUUUUCCUCUUCCUGUCUUUCGACUACGCCUCGGGCGGUGCGUGGCCGGCGGACAGGGUCAUCUCCACCAUCAACAAGUUUAAGAAUCGCGCCUCCCAGUUUCUCUACGAUGGAAGGCCGCUGGUCUCCACGUUCGAGGGGCCCGGGAAUGCGGCGGACUGGCCUGGAAUCAAAAGCGCCACGGGAUGCUUUGCCAUGCCCUCGUGGACGAGCCUGGGUCCGUCCGGGAUCUCGUCGGUGUUGAAUGACAUUGACGGUUUCUUCAGCUGGGAUGCCUGGCCCGUCGGGGCGGAGGACAAAACUGUCGCGAGUGACCAGACGUGGAUGAACGCGAUUUCCGGAAAGCCUUACAUGAUGCCUGUGUCUCCCUGGUUCUAUACCAGCCUGCCUCAGUGGAACAAGAAUUGGCUCUGGCGAGGCGAUGAUCUAUGGCAUGACCGCUGGCAACAGGUCAUUGAACUACAGCCUGCCCUUGUCGAAAUAAUCACCUGGAAUGACUACGGAGAAUCGCACUACAUCGGACCCAUCCAUGAUGCGGGAAUCCCCGAGGGAGCCUCACGCUAUGUCUCCAACAGCCCCCACGACGCGUGGAGAAGCCUCCUUCCCUACUACAUCGAUGCCUACAAGUCUGGCAAUACGACCGCCUUAGAUACCACGUCCGACACGAUCACUUACUGGUACAGGCCCAAUCCAACCACCUCCGGCAGCGACGGCGGUACCACCGGUAACAACCCCCAGCAGGGCCAGCAGGCGCUGAACCCCGCACUCCUUUCUCUGGACAAGGUGUUCCUGACCGUGCUGGUCUCCGAGCCGAGUACGAUCACCGUUCAAAUUGGAGAUGCCCUGCCCACAUACCUCCGUGCCGUCACUGCAGGCAUCAACCACUUUUCCGUUCCGUUCCUGGGCCAGACAGGACCCGUGGAGUUCGCGAUCGUGAGGGAUGGCCAAACGGUCGUCAGUGCCACCGGUCCUGAAAUCACUGACCAAUGUGAGAAUGGGCUGAUCAACUGGAAUGCCGUUGUUGGCUCGAGUGAUACUUCGUAGGGAGGGCCGGACCGUUCUCUCGAUAACAUCGCUUCUAGUUCCUUUCUUUUCCUUUUCGCCUUUCGUUUCUUUGUCUGUCUUGCCUUUCUCCUCUUUUAUUAUCCAUGCAGAACGCCGACUCUGUUAGUAAAUAGCUCAAUAAGAUACGGCUAAACAGGCCUUUUGACUCUCAGAAUCUUGGACGUGGAGCUAAGUGACUCUUGACUAAGUGUUGACGGUGCCAAGGAGGGCAGUCGCUGAACUUGUCUGAAUUCACAAUUUCCCCUUUUUUUUUUUUUUUUUUUUCUUUUUUUUUUCUUUUUUCUUUUUCU